AUUUCUUUUUCUUCUCUGCAAUUGGUUGCUCUGUUUCCGCCAACCAAUUCGCAGAGCUACAGCGCUCCAAAGUUACUUGUGGGAGCAGAAUCUAGACUCUGAUGAGAUGGUCUGAGCCUGCAGCACAACAAUGCUGGAGAAUCUCUGCACCCUUCCGCUGUCGGCGGACCUCUUCACCCAGGUGCUGCACCCGUCGGAGCCGCUCCUCACCGUCGGGUUGUCCAGCGGCCGUGUCGAGAGCUUUCGCUUGCCGAGCGAGGAGGAGGAGAAUAGCAGCACCAGCAGUGGCAAGGGUUUGAUCAAGAGCAUUUGGAGCACACAUCGGCACAAAGGGAGCUGCCGCUGUCUUGCCUACAGUCAUAACGGCGAUGCCCUCUAUUCGGCGGGCACCGACUCCGUUGUCAAGCAUUUCUCACCCGAGACCGGCCUCGUGAUCUCCAAGAUUGGGCUUCCUCCUAGAAACAGCGCUACCAGCACCACCGAUUGCCCUGCCAUCCUCCACGUGCUCUCUCCACAAACCCUUCUUCUCGGCACCGACUCAGGCGGCUUGUACAUAUUCGACCUCCGCGAGAAUGGGAGCCUGAACCCGAAACCAGUGCGCAAGCAUGUACCACAUGCCGAUUAUAUCUCCAGCAUCACCCCACUCCCGCCCUCGGCCGAGAGCACUUCUGGUUUCCCGAAGCAGUGGGUGUCGACCGGCGGUACCACCCUCGCUGUCACAGAUCUCAGGGCCGGGAUUGUUGCGACCUCGGAAGACCAGGAGGAUGAGCUGUUGUGCUCUACGAUCAUCCCGGCCGGCCUGGGACCAAAGCGCAUGCGUAACAACGCCGUCGUGGCUGUCGGCACUGGGGGCGGCGUCUUGACACUCUGGGACCGCGGAGCAUGGGAUGACCAGCAGGAGCGCAUCUAUGUCGCGGGUGGGAAGAGCAAGAGGGACGGCGACAGCUUGGACGCCAUUGUCCGUGUACCCGACGAGCUUGGAUGGGGGAAGAAGGUGGUGGUCGGCGUGGGGGACGGCAGCAUGGCCGUUGUCGACCUGAAGCAGCGCGAAGUGCAGGCUGUGCUGAAGCACGACGAGAUCGAGGGCGUGGCUGCUCUGACCUUUGACUACCAGAACCGGCUGAUUAGUGGCGGUGGCCGAACGGUCAAGGUCUGGGCCGAAUCGGGUGAUGACGGCCUCGAAGAGGAGGAUGCGGAGCACCAAACCGCCGCGAUUAAGAGGUCGGCGGAUAGCGACGAUGACUCCGACGGGGAUGACAGCGACAGUGAUCAGGAGCGUCCGAAGAAGCAGUCAAAGAAGAAGCGGAGGAAGGGCAAAGGUGGCCAAGGGAGGACCGUCGCCUUCCCCGGUUUGGACUAAAAGGGGCAGCCUACCUCAUGCGCGGAACAACCGCGUUUGUAUCAUGAACCUGCAGUAGCAUGUCGAUUCUCCGCGACGCCGAUUUGCUAAGACUGCGGACACCAACUGACACAUCCCAGCACAGUCAUCGUACGGGGCGGCUGGCCCAGAUCUCCACUUCCGGCGCGAUCUUGUAUGUUCUCAAGAGUCCAAACAAGUCUAGAGGAGUUCGAUCCUCGUGUAUAGCAGGGACGGUCUGGAGAGCCUACCUAUGUUUCGAGCUCGUAUUUUCGAGCAGGGGACGUUUGAUAAUGUCGUUGCAAAAGAAGCCGGCGCAAAGGAGCCCUGAGGGCUGCGUCGAGAU